UUAUCAUUCACUUUACUGUGCUCUAUGCUUGGUGUGUUGUGUGGUCUGUGAGGGAAGGAAGUUUAACUUGGUGUAAUGAUUGUUGUUACGAAGAAUUGACAAUAUGCAUUGUUGCAUGUAAUGAGUUUUGAUUGAGCGUAUUUUCGUGGGUAGUAUUAUAUAGUCAGUGAGUUUUGCUACUGGAAGCUGUAGUUGAACUUACAGUAAUUGUAGGAGCUUGCUGUCAAACAUUUGUCAGUUGCAUUUUGCACAGGCGUAGGACUGCAAUGCAUGUACGCGUAAUAUUUUAUAAACUGAAGCGGGUAUAGUAGACAACGCUAGAAAAUGGACAAUACUGAUGGCAGUGAGCUGGAAGAUGGCGAGAUCGUGGAGUACAUACCGCUUGAGAGGCCAGUAAGCUACUCUGCUGCUCCUAGUGUCCAUGUGGACGAUGCAAACAGUGACGAUGGUGCUGAUGAUGGUUCAGACAGUGGAAGUGAAGACAGUGACUCCCCGUGCUUCAGUGCAAAAAGACAUAAAAUGCAAACUGAACGCUCUACUUCUAUUGAUACACGCCUGAAACCAGAAAUUAAAAAGAAGAAGUAUGAUAUUUGGUGUGCAGAGUUGCAAGAGUCGGCACUUACGGAUGAUCUUGUAAAUAUUGAUGUUGCCAACAAGAUUAUAGACCGCAGCAGGAAUGUAGAGUCAUACGACUACAGGCUGGCAUUCAGACACCACAGUGAUACCACUGUAGAUACAGUUGAAGAUUCAGCUGUUCUCACUGGUCACUUGGAACCAACGUACGGCAACAAGCGUAGGUUUGAUGAGAGAGGCAGUAUCAAACAACGGUUAGGACGACGAGAGAGUGGGAGCAAUAAUGAUAAUGAACAUUGUGCACCAAGGCAUUUACUUGCAUUGAAUUGCAGCCCAGAUGAUUCUGAAGAGGAGCUUGCGAAAGACAUUGCUGACAAGUUGUGGGAGCAGAAGGAGGAGCUUAUAUUGAAAGUUGUUCAAGUCCUAGGAAAACAGAAAGCCAUAGACCUAUUUGAGAAAACAAGAAAAGUAGAAGAAGUUGGUGGGCUGAUGAUAAUGAAUGGUCAGAGGAGGAGAACACCUGGUGGAAGUUACUUGUUCUUACUGAAAAUGGACAAUGGUGUACCACAGGAGAAGAAACAAAAAAUUCUCAUGGAUAAUGGUAAAGAUCCUUGGAAGAAGCUUAAGAAGAUUCGGAAGAAACGGAAGUUUAUUAAGAAGACCUUGUCAUCAGAUAAAUUGUCAGAUAUGGACCUUCCAACACUACUAACUAGAGCUGAACUAGCUGCAGCGAAGGCAAAUGAUGACGACGAUGACGAUGAUGAACGAGAAGAGGGUGAAGCAGAGGCUACAGACAAGGAAGAGGGUGAAGCAGAGGCUACAGACAAGGAAGACACCACUAAUCCUCCUCCUCCCCCAUCACCAGCAACAGAUGGACGGGAUAACAGCAGUGACGGAGAGGAUAGGACUGCACAGAUAUCGUUUGAGAACAGAGGUUGUGAAAGCAACCGCUGUACUGUCACUUACGGUGAUGACGACUUCUUGGAUGUGUCUUGCAACCCCAUGGACCUGUUUUAGGUCUCAAAUACGCAGUUCAGUGUACUAAAUGACUGAUGGAAGAAUUAAAUGUGCAAACUUGAACUUUUUUCUUUGAUGAAAAAUUUUUACUUGUUCACUAAAAUAAAGUUACUAUAAAAAUUA